CAGAGAUUCAGUGACGAAAUGACUUUUGCAGAAGUUGAAAGUCAAUUUUGUGAUUCUCUGAUGGCGUAACGUUUGUGAAAUACAUACAAAAUGCCGAGUCCUCCAGGUGUACAGCCGGGAGAACAGUAUGCCUCUGUUACUGGCCUGAUAUAUGUCUUCAAUUUGAUUGUAGGGACAGGAUGUUUGACACUUCCUGCUGCUUUUGCCGCAGCUGGCUGGGCACUCUCAGCUGGUGGCAUCCUGUUACUGGCAAUUGUCAGUUACAUGACAACAACUUGGGUCGUGGAGUGCAUGGCAUGUGCCAAUGCCAUCAACCAUUGGCGACGAAUGAAGCAGCUCAAGAAGCGAGGGCAAGUAGCAGAUGAGCUAGUCAAUCGCACUUUGGAAAAUGCAGAAGCAGAAGCUGACCAACGAUCAACUGACACCUCUGAAGAUCAGGAGGAGCAUGAAGAAGAAUUACCUCUCAUAUCUGAUGGUGUAAUUGAACGCACUGUUGGUGAAUAUUAUGCCAUUCAAGAAUGUAUAGAAAUGGGCCAGAUGGCUAAACUGUUUUAUCCAAAAGUUUGGGAUAAGGUCUUCUAUCUUGUGCUCUGCAUUUAUUUAUAUGGCGAUUUAGCAAUCUACGAAGCUGCUGUUGCCAAAUCUCUGAGGGACAUUAUAUGUAAUUAUCGACCUGAAAACUGCUCCAAGGAACCAUUAGAUUUGGACAAGUGUUUCACAGAUUCUGACCUCACCAGAUUAGAUAUGUACAGAUUGUGCACAUUGAUUUUUAUUGGAGUAAUGGGACCAUUUGUGUUUUUCAACCUAACGAAAACGAAGUAUAUGCAGAUAUUAACCACCAUAACGAGAUGGCUUGCCAUGGGUACCAUGAUUUCCUGGGCAAUUGUCAUACUUGGAGAAGGCAAGGGAGAUGGGCACCCUACCCCUGCUGAUUUUACAAAGCUUCCACAGUUAAUAGGUGUUUGUGUGUAUAGCUUCAUGUGCCACCACUCAUUACCUUCUCUAAUAACACCAAUUAAUGAGAAGAAAUCUAUAUUAAAGUUGUUGGCAGCUGAUUAUCUUCUGAUAUUGUUGUUUUACUACCUUCUGGCAUUUACUGGUGUAUUUGCCUUCAAACAUUUAGAAGAUCUCUACACACUAAAUUUUCAGCCUGAUCCAUGCAACAGGGAUAAUACUCCAGGUGUUGUUUACGGUUUACAGAUUUUUUUGUUGAUGUUCCCUGUUUUUACACUGAGCACAAACUUCCCAAUUAUAGCGAUCACACUUCGAAAUAACCUCAAGGGUCUGUUCCUACGGGAAACACGACGAUAUUCAUUCUUCACUUCACGGUGUCUUUUUCCCCUUCUAUCUAUUAUACCGCCUACAUUAGUUGGAUUGAUAACUUCUAAUGUUGAGUUUCUAGUCGGCAUUACUGGAGCGUAUGCAGGCUCAGUUAUUCAGUAUGUUGUCCCAGCAACACUGGUAUAUUAUGCCCGCAAGAUGACUUUGCAGCAUAUUGGGAUGGGGGUGAAAAAUCCAUUUUCAUCUCCUCUGCAGCAUUCAAUUUUCCUCAUUGUCAUUUGUGGUUGGGCAGUACUGUGUUGGAUUUUUGUCAGCAUAUAUCUUUUUGGAGAAUAUAGAAGUUAGUACCAUAGGUUUUUUUUAGUACUAUAAGACAAUAUCAGAAAUUAUUGAUAUAUUUGGAUUUAUAUUUUAUACAGGUAAUAUACAGAAUGUUUCUUAAAUGUGUGUAUGACUUGAAACUGAAAUGACAUUAAACUAAUAUUGAUCAUGCUCAGGUCUGCUGUUUUUACCUUUUAAGUCCUUGCUCAUAUGGUCAAGUCCAUUGCUCAUUCAUUAGAUUAUUGCAGUAUCAUGGAGGUUGAACUUCUUUACUGUAUUGUCAACCAUAUGAGCUCAAGGUUUUAUAGGUAUGAUAUGUGAAAGCCCAUUUCCUGUAAAUAGCUCUUUUUGAAACAUGGUACUGUAAUUGUUUUAAUUAAUUUUUUAAUCAUUAAAGACCUCAGUCAUUCUUGAACAUUAUUCCAGUUUUUAUCUUCCAUCUGUAACCUUAAGGUACAGUGAAUUCUGUGUUGCUAGGUUGUAAAAUUUAGAUUUUUUUGUUUUAGUAUGAAAGAUAAUUUUAAGAAAUAUGCCACUUUUUAUUACUGAUUGUAUUUAUCAACACAUUGGUGCCAUCCAUUAUGAAUUUAGGUUAAUUUCUUGGAUACAAUGCCACUAAUCAAAAAUGUUUUGCCCAUCUUUGUUAAUUUUAUUAAUUGGUGCAGUAUAAUAUAGUAUUUUAUACUUGUUUCAUUAGUCUAGUUCUGUUUAACAACAGAGGUCCUUCAUUAGAGCAUCUCAUGAACAUUGAUAAAUUAGUUGGUGUUAUUGUAAUGUAUCUUUGAGCGAGAGCAUUGUACGUAUUGAUUUAGUUUGGGUAAACUUGUAAUCUUAAUUCUUAAAAAGGCAGUGAAUUGCAUAUUGAUUUAUAGUUGCAGAGGAGGAAAGGGCUUUGAAAAUGUUUUCGUUUAGCAUAGUACUAAUGCUGUUGAAUAUUGAAUGUGUAUGGAAUUUUUUCCUCCGUCCAAACUGUCAUUCUGAUGUAAAGUGCUCUAAUUGCACUGUAGUUGUUAACAGAUUUACACUUAAUGAAUUACUAGGUAGCACGAAUUCAAGUUUGAAGCUCUUUAUAUUACCAUUUACAUUUUGAUGAAAGCUCGCAGCCAAAAAGGUUUUGUGAUGAAUAAAUGUAUCAUUUAUUCAUAAUAAGGGUUUGAUUUGAUAAUUUCAGGAUUUAGUUGAGCUGAUAUUUAGAUUAGAUAAAGUUAGUGUCGGAUUUAUAGUAAAGAUUUCAAGUUUGUUUGCUGAAGGUAUUUUUAAUAUUUUUAAAUCUUUACCUCGUGAAAGAUUUUUUAUUCACAUUUAUUUUUGAAUAUGGUAAAUUUUUGUUUGAAGCUAUUUCCUGUAGUAUUUUAAAAAAGUAAUUUUUGUAUGGUAAAUGUUUACAUUUUCAGUAUUUAUAAAUAUAAUAUACUGUAUUACUUUCCUCUUCUCAUAAUUGCUGAAUUUGUUGAAACUUCUACACUACAUUUCACCUCAGGAGUAGCUCAACAAAGCCUGUUCCUGGUAGUUAUUGACCUCUUUCUCUCUAAAUAAAGAAAAUAAGUUGCUUGAUAAUAGAUAAUUGAUGAAAUUAUUAAUGAUCAUUGAGCAUUUAACUGGUGCUUUUAAGUAGUACAGAAAAAAAUUAGGAUAGGUUAGUAGGCUGUGUCGUAUCAUUUUUUUUAGCCGGCAGACACAUUUCUGUUAAGGUUGUUAUAUUGACAUUGUUAGUAUGGGUCAGGUUGUUUUAAUUGAGCCUAGUUAGAGAAGGUUUGAUGCUCUUAUAGUGUACAAUAUGCUCAAAUGGGUUCAUACAUUUUGAAUGUAUAAGAGAAAAAGGAUAAACUCAGAAGGUCCAAGUACUUACUGAAACUAGUAAAGUGACUAUUUUUAUAAAUUCACCUUUUAAUGUAUCUUGAAGCUCAGUAAUACUUAAUUUAGAAAAAGUGGAGAGAAGCAAUUUUCAAGUAAAAAUGGUACCUAUUAAGGUUUGAUGAUAGAUGUGUUUGUCUUUAGUUUCGUUGUAAUUUUAUAAAUUAAAUAUAAAGCAAAGGUUGACAAAACAAGUCUUAGUAAGAAGGGCGUGCAGUGGCAGAAGGGAGUGCAAUGGCAGAACUCUCAAAAGGAAGUUUGUUCAUACACGAAACAAACC